AUGUGCUUCAUACGCAUCAACCCCUCUACCGCCCCUCUCAACCCACCAGGCGCAGCCCCAACCCUAACGACCAUCUACGACGAAGCCGCCGCCACCAUUCAAACCUCCUCCGCGACCACAUCCCCGUCAAAUUCCCUCUCCAAGGAACCACCCACACCCAAGCAGAACUCCAAGCGCCGAAAGAAAUCAAAUCCGUUCCGUAUAAAGGCCGCGAAAGAGGGUGUGGUAGGCACGGGGAAGGAGAAGAGGAGGACACAGACCAUAGCGGAUAGUUUGGAUCUCGGCGGCGAUCUGCAGAUGGAUGCGGAGAAUGGUGGGAGCAGGGUGGGGGGUGAGGGCGGUGAGACAUUAGUUAGGAGGAAAACCGUCGCGACGGAGAUAGGGUUGGGAUCGGUCCCCUGA